AAAGCUUUAGACAUGCAGGAACGUCCUGGAGGUGACAACCAAGACAGAUAGAUAGCUGUUGAUAGAUGAUGAGUGAGUGGUCCGACAUUCCUGGUCGCUCCGUAUUUUACAUCUCUGGCUGUGGAACUGCUUUACGAUUGGACGAGCCAACACUGGAGAACUUUAGGGGGGAAAUCCUGUACCUGGAUCUUAAUUUUGGAAGAUUUUAAAGUGUAAAUCGUAACUGAACUCAUGGCUCCUGGAAUACUGGGAGUUAUCUUCCCUUCUGAGAAAGAAAUCCCUGUAGAAGCAAACGCUGAAAUGGGUCGCAAGGAAGCUGAUUAUGAGUGGAAGAAGAGCACCGAUAACAUCCAGGAGGUCUUCGACUUCAUAGAGGUGCUGGGAUCGGGAGCAUUCUCCGAGGUCUUCAUGGUGAAGGAGAGAAAAACAGGCAAGCUCUUUGCUAUGAAGUGUGUGAAGAAGAAGAACAAGAGGGACAUAAACCUGGAGAAUGAGAUUGCUGUGCUGAGGAGGAUCAAACAUGAGAACGUGGUUGGGCUGGAGGAUUUCUAUGAAAGCCGAAGCCACUACUACCUCGUCAUGCAGCUUGUUUCUGGUGGUGAGCUGUUCGACCGGAUUCUGGACCGGGGCAUGUACUCAGAGAUGGAUGCCAGCCUGGUGAUCAGACAAGUGCUGGAGGCUGUCAGUUACCUGCACAUAAACGGAAUUGUACACCGUGAUCUCAAGCCAGAGAACUUGCUGUACUACAGCCAAGACGAGAACUCCAAGAUCAUGAUCAGUGACUUUGGUCUUUCCAAGAUGGAGGACAACGACAUCAUGUCCACAGCUUGUGGUACUCCAGGCUACGUAGCUCCGGAGGUGUUGGCCCAGAAGCCCUACAGUAAAGCGGUGGACUGCUGGUCUAUCGGAGUCAUCACUUACAUCCUUCUCUGUGGAUAUCCUCCUUUUUAUGAAGAAACUGAAACUCGCCUCUUCUCUAAGAUCAUGAAAGCACAGUAUGAGUUUGACUCUCCCUUCUGGGACAACAUAUCCGAAUCUGCAAAGGACUUCAUCCGUAACAUGAUGCAGAAGAACCCAAAAUUGCGCUUCACCACAGACCAAGCCCUCAGACAUCCCUGGAUCAUUGGAAAGACCGCCCGCAGCCAAGACAUCUACCACUCCGUCAGCGUUCAGAUCCAGAAGAACUUCGCCAAGUCGAAGUGGAAGCAAGCCUUCAAUGCUACAGUGGCCAUCCACCACAUGAAGAAGCUCCAGCUCGCCCACUGCGAGGCUGCUCUCAAACAGAGCCAGGCUCCGCCUCCACCGCCUGCCAUCAAGGUCAUCACCACAUCCAGCCCUGAAGCAGUACGCAAAAACCCCGCCCCCGAGACUCAGGAGCCCAACGGCAACCUGCCCACCGUCUACAUGACUGUUCCACCAGCUACUCACUUAGAUGCCAAGGGCUCAUGCCAUCCGCCCAAGGUCGCCCACCGGGAGACUGCCCACGCUGGAACGCUCACCGUGGCCGAAAAGGGGAAACACGUGUACCACUCUGAACCGGCUAAUCUAAAUGGGUAUGGAAAGAGAGGCACCAACCGCACUGGUGAGAAGUUUCAGACUGGGGUCUGCUCUGUCAUGUGAUUGGCCAUGGCAACACUAUGAUGAGAUUUUUAUAGGUCUGUGACCUUUCUGUCAACUGCUGGCUGCUUUGGGGGUGGCACUUACAGCUCUGAGCUCUGGCUGCGAGCCUUUAGAAGACAGCUGACCCGUUGCCUGUUGACCGCACCAUUUUGACACCAACGAGGUUCAGAGGAGUGCCUCAUAUCUCCACACAAACACACACACACACACACAUACACACACAAAAACUGUUGAUAUAUCCUCCAGUAUCCACAUAAAAGCAACAAGGCAUCUCUUGAAUGUUUGUAUUUUACCAUUGGACAGUAACUCCAGCUCCCUGUAUUAUGUGUAUGAACGUAAUUCCAGCUCUUGUGCUUCAUUUUACCUUGAGAGUAUUUGGUGAUGUAAUAUCGUUUAAUAUUUCCCUAUUAAUAUGCAGUUUAUAUAGCCUGUAAUGGUAUGCAGUUUUGCUACGAUGCUAUAUGAUGUAUGAUAUUAUAUUUCGUCCUGAAACUCGUCCUGAAGCACACUCCUGGCUUGUGUAUGUACAGCGCUGUGUAUGUACUAGCUGAUUGUACUACCUGGGGAGACUGUGAAUUAGCUGUGAAUAGCUGGAUUUUCAUCAGAAUCGUCUAUAUCAGAGAUUAUUGGUGAUAGUUUGGAGGUUUUUUUUUUUUUUUCUUCUUCUCUUUUAAUUUAGCCUAGAGACAAGGUUUAUUUUUGUAAUAUAUAUAUAUAUAUAAAAUAUAAAUAUGCACAAGCAUAAUAAUGUAUUUUGUUUUAUAAAAUGUAUAUAAAAAAAUACCAGCACCUUUAACCCACCACAAUAAAAGAAUGUCUUUCCUCCAUCCAAUCGAUGUUUGAAUUUGCCAAGGCACCCAAAUACUCCUAAUGUGUGGGUUUGUUGUAAAUAUAUUUGUUAAUAAUACUAAUAAUCCUGUUAGAAAUCACUAUUAGUUAUGAAUGAGUGUUCUGUUUCAUGCAGAUUGUGAUGUACAGUAGACGGCUCUCGUUAAUCUGUAAUACACACUAUACUCUAUACAAGCUUCACAAAUAAAAACCCAACUUUCCCACA